CCUCCUUUCUCUGUCCCCCUCCCUUCCUCCCCUCUUUCCUCCUUCCCUCCUCCCUUUCCCCUUCCUUUUCCCCUCCCCUCUUCCUUCCUUCCUUCUCCCUGCCUCGCUCCCUCCUUCCUUCCUUUGCUUGGUCUGAGGUGUGUGUGACAAGGCGGGAGCGGGAGCCACGGCCAGAGGCGGGUGGAGAGAAGGAGGAGGCGGCGGAGGCGGCGGAGGGCGAAGACCAGGGUGCGCCGCCGGAGGAGAGACCAUGAGGAAAUUCAACAUCAGGAAGGUGCUGGACGGCCUGACCGCCGGCUCCUCGUCCUCCUCUUCGGCGUCCUCCUCGCAGCAGCCGCCGCAGACGGCCACCCGCGAGAACGACAUCCAGGAGACCCUCCAGUCCGAGCACUUCCAGCUCUGCAAGACUGUACGCCAUGGUUUUCCCUAUCAGCCUUCGGCCUUGGCUUUUGAUCCUGUUCAGAAGAUACUUGCCAUUGGGACUCAGACUGGAGCUUUAAGGCUUUUUGGUCGUCCAGGAGUUGAAUGCUACUGCCAACAUGAUAGUGGUGCUGCAGUAAUCCAGCUUCAGUUUCUGAUCAAUGAGGGAGCCCUUGUGAGUGCCUUGGCUGAUGAUACCUUACACUUAUGGAACUUGCGUCAGAAGAGGCCUGCUAUACUACAUUCUCUAAAAUUUAACAGAGAAAGGAUAACAUUUUGCCAUCUGCCUUUCCAGAGUAAAUGGCUGUACGUGGGCACUGAAAGAGGAAAUAUACACAUUGUCAAUGUGGAGUCCUUCUCUCUCUCAGGCUAUGUCAUCAUGUGGAAUAAAGCCAUUGAACUGUCAUCCAAGUCUCAUCCUGGGCCUGUUGUUCAUAUUAGUGACAAUCCAAUGGAUGAAGGCAAGCUCCUGAUUGGUUUUGAAUCGGGAACAGUGGCAUUAUGGGACCUCAAAUCUAAGAAGGCAGAGUAUAGAUACACACAUGAUGAGGCAAUCCAUUCUGUAGCUUGGCAUCAUGAAGGAAAGCAGUUUAUUUGUAGCCAUUCAGAUGGCACCUUGACUAUAUGGAAUGUAAGGAAUCCUACCAAGCCAUUGCAGACAAUCACACCACAUGGAAAGCAGGUAAAAGAUGGAAAGAAGCCAGAGCCCUGUAAACCUAUUCUUAAAGUGGAAUACAAAACUACCAGAGCUGGGGAACCUUUUAUCAUCUUGUCGGGUGGCUUAUCAUACGAUACUGUAGGAAGAAGACCCUGUUUAACAGUUAUGCAUGGAAAGAGCACUGCUGUUCUAGAAAUGGAUUAUUCAAUAGUUGAUUUUCUAACCCUUUGUGAAACUCCAUAUCCUAAUGAUUUUCAAGAGCCAUAUGCUGUGGUUGUUCUUCUAGAAAAAGAUUUAGUACUUAUUGAUCUAGCACAAAAUGGAUAUCCUAUAUUUGAGAAUCCCUACCCCUUGAGUAUACAUGAAUCUCCAGUCACCUGCUGUGAAUAUUUUGCUGAUUGUCCUGUGGACCUUAUUCCAGCACUUUAUUCAGUUGGGGCUCGACAGAAGCGUCAAGGUUACAGUAAAAAGGAAUGGCCUAUCAAUGGUGGAAACUGGGGUUUGGUCACACAAAGUUAUCCAGAGAUCAUUAUUACUGGGCAUGCAGAUGGAUCAAUCAAGUUCUGGGAUGCCUCCGCAAUAACAUUGCAAGUGCUAUACAAACUGAAAACAGCAAAAGUCUUUGAAAAGUCUCGAAAUAAAGAUGACAGGCCUAGCACAGACAUAGUAGAUGAAGACCCAUAUGCCAUUCAGAUCAUCUCAUGGUGUGCAGAAAGCAGGAUGCUGUGCAUUGCAGGGGUUUCUGCACAUGUGAUUGUUUACAGAUUCAGCAAACAAGAAAUAACAACAGAAGUUAUUCCAAUGCUUGAAGUACGGCUGUUAUAUGAAAUAAAUUAUAUAGAAUCUCCAGAUCCUGAGCAAUUACCACCACUGCCUACUCCAGGCACAGGUUCCAAUCCUCAGUCUAUUGCUCCUCAGUCUCAUCCAUCCACUAGCAGUAGUUCAUCUGAUGGGCUUCGUGAUAAUGUCCCAUGUUUAAAAGUUAAAAACUCUCCCCUCAAACAAUCUCCAGGCUACCAAGUUGAACUGGUUAUUCAGCUAGUAUGGGUGAGCGGAGAACCUCCUCAACAAAUAACGAGCCUUGCAAUCAACUCUGCCUAUGGCUUAGUAGUUUUUGGCAAUUGUAAUGGUAUCGCUAUGGUUGAUUACCUUCAAAAGACCACACUCUUAAAUCUUGGCACCGUUGAGUUGUAUGGGUCUAAUGAUCCUUAUAGGAGAGAACCUCGAUCUCCACGUAAAAGUAGACAACCAUCCGGAGCGGGUCUUUGUGAUAUUAAUGAAGGUACAACAGUACAAGAGGAUCGUUGCAAGUCACCCACAUCAGGUUCUGGUUCUCCCAUCAAUUCUGAUGAUGAUCAAAAAUUGAAUGAUUUUAUAGAAAAGGUGAAGACCAAAAGCAGAAAGUUUUCCAAGAUGGUAGCCAGUGAUAUAGCAAAGAUGUCUAGAAAAUUAAGCUUACCAACUGAACUGAAACCUGAGUUAGAUGUUAAAGACAACUCAUUCAGCCGAUCCAGGAGUUCCAGUGUAACAAGCAUUGAUAAAGAAUCACGGGAAGCAAUUUCAGCUCUUCACUUCUGUGAGACUUUCACACGAAAAGCUGACACAGCACCUUCACCAUGCUUGUGGGUUGGGACGACUUUGGGCACAGUUUUAGUCAUUGCAUUGAAUUUACCCCCAGGAGGAGAACAAAGAUUACUUCAGCCAGUAAUUGUAUCUCCCAGCGGAACCAUUCUGAGGCUUAAAGGGGCAAUCCUGAGAAUGGCUUUUCUGGAUACUACAGGAUCAUUAGUUCCACCAGCAUAUGAACCCUGGAGAGAACCCAAUGUCACUGAAGAAAAGGAUGAAAAGGACAAGUUGAAAAAACGCCGACCUGUCUCAGUGUCUCCAUCAUCCUCUCAGGAAAUCAGUGAAAACCAAUAUGCAGUGAUAUGUUCUGAAAAGCAAGCAAAAGUUAUUUCACUGCCCUCACAAAACUGUACUUAUAAGCAAAAUAUAACAGAGACUUCAUUUGUUCUUCGUGGAGAUAUAGUGGCACUGAGUAAUAGUAUCUGCCUUGCUUGUUUCUGUGCCAAUGGACAUAUAAUGACUUUUAGUUUGCCAAGUUUAAGGCCACUGUUGGAUGUAUAUUACUUACCACUUACCAACAUGAGGAUAGCCAGAACAUUUUGCUUCACCAACAAUGGGCAGGCAUUGUACCUUGUCUCCCCUACAGAGAUCCAGAGAAUCACCUACAGUCAAGAAACAUGUGAAAAUCUGCAGGAAAUGUUGGGUGAACUCUUCACACCAGUAGAAACACCAGAAGCACCAAAUAGGGGGUUCUUCAAAGGCCUGUUUGGAGGUGGUGCACAAUCGCUGGACAGAGAGGAACUCUUUGGAGAAUCAACAGCUGGGAAAGCAUCAAGAAGUCUAGCUCAGCAUAUUCCAGGUCCUGGUGGUAUAGAAGGAGUCAAAGGAGCAGCAUCUGGAAUAGUUUGUGAAUUGGCACGAGCCAGAAUAGCAUUAGAUGAAAGAGGACAGAAGCUAGGAGAACUGGAAGAACGAACAGCAGCUAUGUUAGCCAGUGCAGAUUCUUUCUCAAAGCAUGCGCAUGAGAUGAUGUUGAAAUGCAAAGAUAAGAAAUGGUACCAGUUCUGACAAAACUGCAUCUAUAUAACUUUACCUUGAAGAAAAAUCUUCUUUUCAUUAACUUCUGCAGGACCAGCGAACUGGAAGGUUGUCAGCCAAUGGAUACUGAUAUUUCCUAGCACAAAUUACACACUGUUUACCUCAGUCGUACAGCUUUAACUGAGGAUAGUUAUAUUUAAAGCUGACACCCACAUUGUGUGUGUGUGUGUGUGUGUGUGUCUUACCUGUGGGCUGACUGAGAGCUUGGGAACAGAACUGAUAAAGAGAACACAUGGACAGGACAAAAAGGAAAAUUAGGUAUCAGAUAAGCAGGGGCAAUGCAGGAUCUAUCCUGUGUUAAUAUUUCAUAUGCCAAAAGUUUUUGUGCUAUUGUUGUUGCUGCCAGUGUUUCAACCUCAUAUAGGAGGCUGCAAUAAAUCAGGGGUCCAAGAGCUAGAAUAAAGCUGUUCAACUUACAGGACUACUAGUAACUGAUCUACACCUUCCCUCCUUAGAGCACGUCAUUAUAGCUGUUACUGGAAAUGACUGCUGCCAGCUCUGUGGUCUGAUAAACUGGAAGUACAUUGGCUCCAUCCUGAGUCUAUACAUAGUUAACAUGCACAUAGUUUCUCCUUGGACCCCUGAUCUAAUAUUCUUGUAUUUGUAUCAUCAUACUGUUGCUGUGUUCAGGUUUCAUGACAAGGCAUGGUUUAUCAUGAUGAGAAUGACCCAGAUUAAGCCUUGGAGUUGGGCUUUCCCCCUCUCUCACCCUCAUUUAGCAUGGCAAGGAGGAGUUUAAAGGUUUUUUUUUUAAUUAACUUCAGCUUCUCAUUUUGUCCAAAGCCAGCAAGCUGUGUUCAUUAAUGCUAAACUUCUAUUUAUUUGAAACCAGUCUAUUUCUUAACUUGAAAGUGGCUUGUUUGAACAAACCAUGUUAAGCUUAUCCACAGUAGGAUCUACUAAACUGCAGUUAAACGUAAGUGACAGUCUCCAAUUUUGUCAUAGCUGCACAAGUAGAGGAGAGCGGGAGAGGGAUCAUAUGAGCCCCAAAAUUUACUGUAGUUUAUUUCUGCCAUAAUAAACCAUGUGAAUUGUGAUGACUGAAAGCAGCCAAUGUUAAGUGCAAAACAAGAGUAUAUGUUUCUUUUGCAUUGUAAAAAAAAUAUACAAGUGAUUGAACUGCACAUCAUGCUGGAAGUUUUCAUUUGUGUUAUGGCUGUUUAGUGUGAAAAGUUUUUUAAAGUCUGUUAUAAUGAGAAAAAACAUUUGUCAUCUUUCAACCACCUAUAUUUUUUUAUUUUCCUGAAAAUAUGGUUGGGCCGGUUUAUAAAAAUGUUUUAAAAUGAUUAUGAGUUAAUUCAUGCUGUACAUAUUCUUUUGUGUGUUUAACAGAAUGUAUUUGUGCAAGCACUUAAAUAAGAUCUAUCAGAUAUGUAGCCAGCUUAUAUACCCAAUUAAAAUAUAAUUCCCAGGUGAAAUGUUCUUGAGUUCAAGUGGUGUUGGACUCUGAGAUAUAACUUGAUGAUAAUAGCAAGCAUUCAUAAAUUGUGUUAAGUGAAAGUAACUUCAGAAAUAUUUCAAAUAUAUUUAGAAGUCAAAACCUGUCAAGACAGGAGUUGUCUCCAGAAUCAGGUGCACAUUUACUUAGAAGGAAGUCCUGUUGAUUUAAAUAGACUUUUCUUCCCUGUAAAUGUCCUUACAUUCACUGCAUGAAAUACAAAAUAAUUGUGAAGUCAGGGCAGAUGUUUUUCCCCAAAGAAUAGCACUCGAAACAAAAUGUUGACUUUGAUGUUUUACUGAUUCAGCAACUCAGAGAUUCCUAAGUAGAUUUAUGAGAUGAAGGAUUUAAGAUGUGCCAAAACUGAAGCAGUAUAUUUUUAGGUAAUAAAGGCUGCAUCAAAGCCAUAAUGUAAGAAGAAUAAGAAGGAUUUAUUUUUUAAAAAAUUAAAAAGAUAGACAUGUUUGUCAUGUUGAAAGCUGGGAAAAGUGAUUAAUCUGUGAUAAUUUUCAAAGAGCCUUAACUAGUUUAGGCUUUAUAUGUAAGCAAGUGCCAGUAUGUGGCUAGGCAAUGUUUAGGUUUUAUUUUCCUGAACUUGAUUGUAAUAUGUAUGCGCUGAAUGGAUUUCUUGACUUGUAUGUGAUAAACAUAGACUGCAGAAUGAAACUUUCUGUUGUGUUUUCAGCAGUGGUAUAUAGAAUUUGCUUUUGCUCAAAACAGAUUAUUUGGUUGACCUUCACAUUGUGUAUGGUGCCAUCUAGACUGAAAAAAGUAACUGACUGGCUUUGCACAGUGUGGUGGUUUAAAUCAGAAAAACUUGUUUCUAAAUAAAUUCAAUUUAAACCCCGUUAGAUGGAUGCAGUUAAGCGCCUACAACAACCUGAUUUCAGCCAGCAGCCACUAGGGUCAGUGGAGAUAGACUUGACUAGUUGAAGGAAUAUUUGACUCUCUUUCCAGUUAUCAUUUGAGGUUACACUAUAGCUCACCUGCAUACAUCAUCAUGUGAGCUCCCUGCAGUACACUUUUAGUAAGUACACUUGUAGUAAGGUACUAUGAAAUCUGAUUGACUAUCUGGAAAGCAAAUUCAGACAUUUCAACUUUAUGAUGCCUUGAGCUUGUAGAAGUAAUGUUGCUGUAGGAAACAUUUGAAUUGGGCCUAAAGCAAGUUGCUUAGGAACUAGUUACUUCUUUUUUUAAAAAAAAUCAUAUUCUGUUCCCCUAAAAUCGUAUAAUUGUUUUUUGUGAUAAAUUACCUAAGUCGUAUUUCCUUAUAUAAAUACACUGAAUGGGAUGCGUAAACAAAAUAUUAAGAAUAUGGUAAGUGAUGUGAACAUUAAAUCAUCAACAUUUAUAUCUGUUUGUUGUAGUUGCUGUUCUUUGUGCAUUAAGCAAUUUCAUGUUUCCAGUGCUAAUUUUUCUUUUGUGUCCAAAGACAUUGUCCAGCCAAAAACAAGCAUCUUCAGGCUACAAAAGUUUCAGAUGAAGAUAUUUAAAGCCCAUGCUAAAACAUUAUCCUAAAGAUUUGUCAGUGCUUAUCUUUGGCUGGAUUGUGUUAAAUACAUAGAUUUUACUUGCAGUCAGACCCAGUAAACUGAAUUAAUACUGACUAGUUUUCAAAAGGCCCUUCCAUUUUACACAGAGCUAAAAAUUAAAUAAAAUAGUUACUUUGGUCACUCAGGAAAAUGGCCAAAAUAAGCAAAUUCUAUGAUAAAUCAAUAAUUAUUGGCCUCAGUGUUCCUUUCUGUAAAACAAUGGAGUGAUAUGUUCUUUUUGAAGUUAUAACCUCAUUUUGAGAUAAACGACAUUGAGCUCAGGCUGAGUAGCUGUUUGAACACCAAAGUAUUUGACAAACAACAGCUGGAUAUCUAUGAGAAAGGAUGGUCUCUGAUUAAUUUUAAGAAAUAAUAAAUAAAAUAAAGAAUCAGGAAGCCCAUGGAAGCACAAAUGAUGUGUCAGCAAAUAUCUGUUGUAAUUUGUAUGUAUUCUCACAUUUUGUACCAUAAAUAAGUGAUUUGGCUAGAAAAUAUCUGAAGUAAUUGGGCUUGGUAACUAAUUGUGCCAUUUGUCCAGUUCUGUCAAUUCAUUGGUUCAGCAGUGUUAAUCCAACUGGAAUAAGAGACAGUUGUAUUUGUAAGACAGUUAAUUUUGUAUAGUUCCUUUCAUGUAGUUUGGGGGGAAAUCACUUUCAUCUACUUUGUUGGCAUUUCAGUCUGUGUUUGAGAAAACUAGAAUAAGAAUGUGUGGAGAUUUUAGUUUUUAAAAACAGUUCUGUAAACUCUUCUGUGGUGUAUGUGUUCUUUUUGGAAGCCUCCUGUGAUUUUUCGUCAAAUUGGUUUUGGAUGUUUUUCAUUGUGAUGUGCUGAAUCUUCUCAGGGUUUGAAUUUUUACAUAAAAUGGGGGACUUUAGGAGUGGGUGAAGCUUCCUGCAAGGGCUUCCCAUCUUUUUUUAUCACUUUGCUGUUCACAGCAUUACAAUUCAUUGCUCUGGCUUUUUAAAAAGAGAGAGGGAGGGCAGGAACCCCUACCCCAGUAGGUUUAGCCUGUAGCCAGGUUUGGCUAGGAGCUUAAGCAAAACUCUUUGAGUAUGAGCUUCUGAUCCAUAGGCUUUUCCCCUCUGGCUACCAAGGUAAUUUCACUAUUUAUGAAGAAGACUAUUUUAAUUGUGCUGAAGCAGCAAUUAAUAGGAGCUGUGGGCAUAGUUUCAAUAGGGAGAGGAAACCUGAACGUAUUGUGCAGCUUGGAUGGGAAAUGCUGAGGUUGUCAGAGGCAGGCCAUGAUUGCAGAGGUGACAGAGUGUGGGAGGGCAAGAAUGGAUUUGCUAGUUUUUUUGAGUCUUCAUUGAUAAAAAUAGCAAGAUGGGAAAACAUGCUUUGUAGUGGGAGAGAACAUUCACAAAAUAAGUCCCCUAUUUCGGUUAUUUUUCUUUCUUUUUUUUUCUAGCACUUUGACUUGUGUCCUAGGAAAGCCAGAAUCAUACUCCAGUAACAUUACCAGCACUUCUGCAACAGGUAUGAUCAUCCAGAUGAACUGUUGUUGAUACCUCUUGGAUAGCAACAUUAUCUUCUCCCACACAAAUGCACCACCUUCUUCAUACCUGGACUGCUUUUACAAUUAUGAAAAAAUAUUGUAAAAAUAUAUUGACAUGUGGAGUUCACAUCAAGUGCUUGUUUUAGCCUCUUUAAAAAGCAAGGAGAUGCAGAUUUUCUUGGGAGUAGAGUAACUAGGUCAGAGCUUCUGGUGCUUGGGACUAGAGGAAGCAGGUGAAGUUAGGAAUACUCCAAACAGAACAGACUCUGUGCCAGCAAUGAUCCUUCUUCAAUUACAUUUGUGUAAUGAUCAAGCAGCUGAUACUAGGUCAAGGCUCACUUCAUGAUAGCAAGGUGGAGUUGUUGCCAUUACUUCAAAGAAAAAAGCGUCUAUACACAGCCUAGGUGAACUAUUUUUUUAUACUGAUAUUAUAUUGAAAUGCAAACAAACUGCUGCUACUUGUCUUUAUGUAAUGUUAUCAUGUUUAAUUACAACAAACUAAAGACACGUUUCUUUAGUUAGAAAACUGCCAAAUUGUAACUUCUGAAUGUUACUUAAUGUAAAUAUUUUGUGAAUUUCAAGCAAGUCUGAAAGUGUGACACCAUUAGCCUACCUUAUAGCGCAUUAGGUAUAAAGUAACCAAUCUGAUUUCCAUCUGUUCUCUUUGUAUGGUUUUAUUACACAUACAGCAUUGACAAUACUGUAUUAGAAAGCUAUAGCCAAAGGAGAUUUUUUUUUAUGCAGCAACUUUUCCUUUUUGCUUUCCAUAGCACUGAUCUAAUCUGAACUGUAAACUUGAAUUUCUUUUCCCUGCACUUUAAGUAAGGCAAGUUUGCAUAUUUUAUCCUUUUUAACAUGAGUUUAUAAUUGAUUUAUCUAUAUAUAUAUGAUAGUUUAGGAAGUUCCUUUCAGCAGACUGCCUGUCUGUACACAAAGAGCUGUGCAUCCUCACAGACAGGCCCCUUGUGGCCAGGGGCUUUCUUCUGAAGAUGUGGCCCUGUAGCUUCCAUUGAAAUGAACAAGCAAGUAGAAAGUACAGGAACUCCACAUAGGUGUUGGAAUUCCAGUGUCAGGAUCAAACUGCUAGAUCAGGAAAAUUCAUUAUAAAAACAAAAUGCAUUUUCUUAGCAUUUUUUUAAUUUUUAAAUUACUGAAACACUUUCAGAUUUGUUUAAUGAUCAACCCAACUUGUAAUGUUGUCCACACUAAGAUGCAGUUUGGUUCAAGGGAAAUGAAUGAGAGCUAAGCACAGGUAACCAUGGCUGAAUUACAGCCAAAAUGUUAACCUAUUUAUACAUAAUGCUAUAAGAAUAUAGUUUAUUAUCAAAUUAAGUAUGUAUAUGUAAACUCUUAUUUUAAAUAAAACUUGUAUUAAGUUUGUCAAAGACCUUAAUGUAUAUAUGAUGCAUACAGAAGUCAAUUAAACGUAUAAUAAGACAAAAACCAUCUCAAGAUGAGAUAACAGUAACAAAUUAAUCCAUCAUGAUUGAUUAGAUAUACUACACAGUAACAAAAGGAGUUAUCUGGUUUAACUGCUCCAAAAUAAAAGUAUAUAUAUAUAUAUAUAUAUGUACACACCAUUUGAACUGCAAAAUGGUUUGCAAUAGCUGCAGCUUGUGCGUAGGUAUUUUUUAUAACUCUUGCAUUUCAUGAAUAUAUACAAAAAUCAAAAUUUUCAGGUAUUUUCUUCAGCCUUUAAAAAUAAAUUUCCAAAAACUAAAAGUGAAUACCAUGUAUUUUUAUUUUAUUUUAUUUUUUGUCAGUUGCAGAUUUCUUUUUGUAUUUUGAUUUUCUGGUUUCUGCAUAUAUUUUACAUUCAUUGUUACUUGUCUUCAGAAUGUUUUUAAAAGUAUGGUUGAUGAAUUGUCUUAUUUGUUAGUGUUUAGACACAUAAGAGUGAGAAUAUGACUGCACUUGCAAACAACUGAAAAGUGCUCACUGUUUGCAUUUGUUUACUGUGCAAAUUCUCAGCUGCAUUUGUUUCCCCAGUCUAGAUAUUUAUUUGUGAAGUAGUGUGAAUUUCAUUUCUUUGUGAGAGAUUGUGAUGUUGCUGACCAAAAAAUAAUAAUAAUAAAAAUAAAAAAUCUGUGUAAUGAAUUUUAUACUUGGGGCUGGUGGCUGGCAAACAGCUGGAAGUCCAGUACAUGUGAAUUACCCAUACUUAAACAUUGUUUAACCCACAUUGACAACAGAACCAAGAAAGGGCACAUGGAUACUACUAUACAUGUUUCCUGUAGAAAUCAUGUUUGCUUUUAUUCCACAUAUGAGUUUAAUUUCUGGUUUUCAAAUUAAUAUCAGGUCUACUUUUCAUUAUAGAAAUCAACAGUGCAACUAAAUCAGUAUUAGCAACUUUUGAUAAAGCACUCUGAAACUGACCUUUCAUACUUUAAGCUACUGUAGUAUAUGUCUUCUUUACCCCUAUACUCCCUCUAUUUUUUUUAAAAAAAACCAUAUACUUACCAAAAUUUUGAUUUCCUCAUCCAUGGAGCUACUAUAACAUUGGGUAAUGCAAACAGGGAAACUGUUGGAUGUUAACUCCCUUUUAAAAAAAUGUAAAUAAAGUGUACUUACAUUAUGUGAACACAGACACGCCACUAUUUGUAUUGGUUAGACCUAGGGCGAACAUGCUGCUUUCUGGUUAUGCUGUUUCAUUAUGCAAUCACCAUUGAGGGGGGGAGGGGAAUGAAGAACAUUGGUAAAUGUUUCAAACAUUACUCAUUGGGUAAGCAUGCUUAAUAUAGGCCUUCUAGCUUUAUAAAUAUCUUAGUCCCUGUACAUUGUGUCCUUUUCAGUUUUAUUUUUCUCCUCAUUACCAUUGGUUAAUUUCACUCUUGCAGAGCCCCACUAUGUGUUCUGAAGAUGAAACUGGGAAAUGCAUCUUAGGAUAGGGUUGCAAAUUCAUCUGUCUACCAAUAUAGUUUCGUAUGAACUGCAAACCAUACUGUUACAAAUGGAAAUGUUAGAUUGCAUAGUUAUUUUACUUAAUGUACUUGAUCCUAAACUAUGUCAUAACAUUAAAAUUAAGUAUGGGAUAUUUUUGUAAAUAAAAAUACCUGUGCAGCUGGUAUUUUAAAAAGAAAAAUGUACUAUACGUUAAUGUUUCAGGAAAAAAAAUUGUUCAUAUGUGUAUAUGAAUGUGUCAUUCUGCUGAAGGGCUCUGACUGGGCAAAAUAAACUAUUCAAAUCUCUCCUGAAAUAAAACAAA